AUGCGUGCUUGGACUUUCAGCAGCGGCGGUAUGCCAGAGAAAGUCUUGUCAUUCAACCCGUCCCUUCCUGCACCCGCAGCCCCAAAGGGCUCGGAUGUCCUGAUCAAAAUAUCUCACGCUUCACUCUCUUCCCCAGGAACAAAUUUGAUGAGGGACAUUCCGUCUCUUUUGAGGAAAAACGCAAUACCAGAACUUGACUUUUCUGGGCGCGUAGUCUCAGCUGGCCCUGAUGUUCCGGCUGAAUUCGCUCCAGGUGCGGCUGUGUUUGGUACUGUUUCUAAAUCGGGCAGUAUCAUUCAUAAUCAGGGAACGCUGGCAGAGUACAUUGUACUGAAUGUCAAUUGUAUCGCCCCCAAGCCGACCAAUAUAACAUUUGCAGAAGCUGCUUGUCUAAGCUGCCUCGGACAAGUGGCGUUGGAAAUGGUCCGUCAAGCUAAAAUUAAAACCGGCGAUCGAGUUCUCGUCAAUGGGGGUAGUGGUGCUGUAGGAUCAGCCGCUAUCCAGCUCUGUAAGGACUUGGGCGCCUUCGUCGUGACAACUUGUUCCACCAAAAACGCCUAUCGGAUGAAGCAGUCUUUGGGAGUAGAUGAGAUUAUUGAUUACGCUCUAGUCAAGUCCAUACCUGCUGCCCUUGAGAAGUCCUACAGCGCGAGCCAAUUUGAUGCAAUCCUGGACACGGUAGGCUCGAGAGAGUUGUUUCUGCGAUGCCCAAAGUAUCUCAAGCCUGAGGGCGUGUUCAUCAACGUCGGUGACGGCAGCGAAGGUCGGCUUAGUCUAAUUCUACACACACUUCAAAAUGUGUUGCAGCCGAGUAUCUUGGGUGGCGUGCCGAGGCGAUAUAUGACAUUCAGCGCGCCGUUGAAUGGGCAAAAUGCAGCAUAUCUUGGAAACUUGGCUUCGAAUGGCAAGAUUAUGGUGUUCAUUGACUCGACAUUCCCGUUAGAAGACGCCAUUAGCGGAUACAACCGCUACCAGAGCGGUCAAGCUCAAGGCAGAGUUGUCAUCGACAUAGCGAAUAUGGAUACACAAGAUCAGUAA